AACUGCAUGAAACAUUCAUCCCUAGUAAAACAAACACAAGACCAUGGCAUUGUCUAUUUCCACCACGACCACCGGCGCUGCUACCGCCACUGCUGUCAUCUCAUUGAUCCUUCUCCUCCUCCUUCCUCCUUCUUAUUGUUACGAAUUUGUCCCUGACUCUGAUGCAAAUCUUAUAGAGGUCGCGCUAAAUUUAGAGUUCUUAGAAACAGAGUUCUUCUUAUAUGGCGCCUUGGGACAUGGCUUGGAUAGCAUCGCUCCGAGUCUAGCCGCCGGAGGUCCACCACCGAUUGGCGGCACACAGGCUAAACUAGACGCUUUGGUAAAGGACGUUAUCCUCCAAUUUGGGUUGCAGGAAGUUGGACACUUGAGGGCAAUUAAGAGCACGGUGAGAGGGUUUCCGAGGCCACUGCUGAAUAUAAGUGCAGAAGUAUUUGCAAAAGUGAUGAACAGUGCAAUUGGAAGAAACUUGGAGCCACCUUUCAAUCCUUAUGAUAAUGAACUUAACUUCCUACUUGCCUCCUAUGUUAUUCCUUAUGUUGGACUCACUGGAUAUGUUGGAGCUAAUCCAAACUUACAGAGUUUCGCUGCCAAAAGGCUAGUUGCGGGGCUUUUGGGAGUGGAGUCCGGCCAAGAUGCAGUUAUCCGAGGAAUGCUCUACAGGCAGGCGACAGCAACGGUGGACCCAUAUGGAAUCAGUGUGGCAAAUUUCACAGACAGAAUCUCAGAGCUGAGGGAUAGGCUGGGAUGCGAUGGCCUGAAAGACGAAGGCCUUAUAGUACCAGAAGCUGAAGGAGCUGAGGGAAAGAUUUCAGGCAACGUGCUUGCCGGAGACAAAAACUCUCUUUCUUAUGACAGAACUCCAGAGGAGAUACUGCGAAUCGUGUACGGUAGCGGAGAUGAGCAUGUCCCCGGUGGCUUCUACCCUAUGGGAGCUAAUGGUCAAAUUGCCAAGUCAUAUCUGCAACGUCCAUGAAGAUUUUACUGAUGAUUAAUAAGCCAGUGUUGGUGUUGAAUAACGAGCUAGCUAGCUUACUUUUCAACUUGUCAAGUGUUGGUGUGUUUACAGUAUAUGUAGAACUUGAAAGACGAAGGCCUUAAUAAGCCAGUGUUGGUGUGUUUACAGUAUAUAUAGAACUUGUCAACUUGGCUUAUAGUGGCUAGUCUAGAGAUAAAUUUGAAUAAAUGUUCAUGGUUGUUUCAUUUUAUGUACAAGAAUAAAGAAAGAUUAUCCUUCU